AUGUCUGAGUCUUGUGGAUCCAAUACUUUUCCAAGUGCAGAAGAGGAAACAAAGAAAGCUCAGAAACGUAGUCGAGAAGAAGUCAAUGAAUCGCGACUUGAAAAGAUGACAGAGCCUUUUCAUAGCCAAGAAAUAGAAAAGCUUUACUGGGAAUACCCCUACUACAGUGACACACAAGACACACAAGUGUUUUCCAAGUCAAAUGUUGAGAGGGUCAUUGAAGAGAUUGAUUUGAAUAAUCCACACAUAGCUCCUAUUUUUCAGCUGGCUGCUAAAGUAGGAUACCAAAUGACUAAAGAGAAUAUUACUUAUUGGGAAGCUAGAGGAGUAGUGGCAGAAAUGAAUAAAGUGAAAGAGGAUGAUAUUGAACUGAAUGAGGCUGAGGUUUGUGGUGUAUUAACAUAUUUCUCGUGCAAAUUUGAAUUGUAUUAUCGGGUAAUGCGACAUGGGAUGUUGGGUCUGACGUUUGAUGCUAAAGAGGGUACUUUUGUGCUAGGAAAAAAGAAUUUUGAUAAUAGGAACAAGAUAUCAUGCUUUAUGGCUGAUUAA